AUGGAGGACAUGAGGAAAUUAGUAUUAUUGUUAUUAUUAUACUUGGGAUUGGUUUUUGGAGAAAUUAGUACUAAUGAUCAUGGCAAAAAAGAGAAAAAGUGUAGUUUUCCUGCAAUAUAUAAUUUCGGUGACUCGAAUUCAGACACUGGUGGAAAAUCAGCAGCAUUCAAAGAGAUGCCCCCGCCCAAUGGUCAGACUUUUUUCGGCAGGCCCGUUGGGAGAGUGUGCGAUGGUCGUCUCAUCAUAGACCUCAUAGCGGACAGGUUGGAGUUGCAGUACUUGAGUGCCUACUUAGACUCGAUCAGUGCAGAUUUUAGGAAUGGUGCAAAUUUUGCAACGGCAGGCUCAUCUAUACUCCCUGGUGGUUACAGUCCUUUUUACCUUGGUCUUCAGAUUUCUCAAUUUCUACAAUUCAAGAAACGUACUAUUUUUCUUAGUGAUUUACGAAUUUCAAACUCAAAGUGGUCUUCCUACAAAGUCAACAUUCCAAAGCCAGAAGAUUUCUCAAAGGCACUUUACACAUUUGACAUUGGACAAAACGACCUUUCCUAUGGUUUUCAACAUACCCGUGAAGCACAAGUCAGAGCAUCCAUUCCACACAUCUUAGACAACUUUACUCAAGCCAUUCAUCAACUUUACAAUGAAGGGGCUCUGAAUUUCUGGAUCCACAAUACUGGUCCCAUUGGAUGUUUGCCCUAUAGUGUGAUAGAUUACCCAUUGAAGCCUCAGGGCUUAGAUGCCAUUGGGUGCAUAGAGAACCAAAACAAGGUGGCUCGUGAGUUCAACAAGCAACUCAAGGACCGGAUAUCACACUUAAGAGCAGAGCUCCCUCAUGCUGCAUUUACUUAUGUUGAUAUUUAUUCAGCUAAGUAUCAAUUAAUUAGCUCUGCCAAGAAAGAAGGUUUUGGAGACCCAUUGAAAUUCUGCUGUGGAUGGUACAACAAUGGCACUGAAGUUGCAUGUGGGCAGACAGCUACAGUAAAUGGCACAGAACAUGGGAAAGCAAGUAGUGAUCCCACAAAGUACAUUAGCUGGGAUGGGAUACACUACACAGAUGCUGCAAAUGUCUGGUUAGCCAAGUCCAUUCUCAGUGGCUCUUUCUCAGAUCCUCCAGUUCCAAUUGAACAAUCUUGCAGUCACUCAUCCACCAGAUUUUAACAAGAUGUGGUUUUGUCUGGCCAAUCAUCCUGCAAUUUCCAAGAUUAUUACUGCCAUAUGUAUAGCUGCAUAUGCAUAUAUUAUAUUUGUCUACCACUGAGAAACCAUUAGGAACUUCUCAAUCGUAUCUUCAAUGUAUGAUCACUUUAAUAUGUUAUCUGCUACUCCAUUGUCUCAUUUGUCAUAUGGUUGUUAAAAGAAAAAUGAGAACAUGGAACAUGAUCUGAAGUUAAUCUUUUAUUAGUACUACAACAACUAUUAUGCCUCAAUCUCAAGCGUAUAAGCUGUAAUGAAAUUAAACAACUCAACAAGUCAAACACAUCAUUGCUACUUGCUUAACCAACCCAAGCACACGAUACGUUGGGAAAUUUUGGCAUAAUAAGUAUAUCAUAAAACUAAAUUUUAAAAUAACAAAUGUGAUACUCCAUAAGAUUCAAACAGCACCGUCAAGUCUUCCACAAAACCGAGAACUGUUCAUCCUAUAUGGUCCCUUAAUCAUUUCUAGCCAGAUCAUGAAAGAAACUUGUGAAUGAAAGCUGAUUUUCGAAAUGCCAACAAGUCCACAGCUUUCUA